UGAAGGAGUGAGGAACAUGGCAGCCCUGAUGAAAAUAUCCCUCAUAUCUCUUCUAGUUUCAGGUACAUACUCGGACACAGCGUGCAGCGCAUCUUAUGACGUCACGUGUUUGAACGCCGUGCGCAGCGUUCUGUUGGAUCAGUCAGCGUUCUGGUUUGGAACGUCGUAUACGACGAACUGUCCCCAGCGUCAAGACGGCCGGUAUGAGUGCAUCAACCGCCACAGCGACCGCACCGACUCCCUUCUCAGUCGGAUGACGGGACAGUACUCUCUCGACCCCGCCUACAUGAGCUUCAUCGUCAACGUCACCUACACUAUCCAGUUGCCCGAUGACGGCACGGAGCGUAUGUAUGACGGCUGUGGGGUCAAGGUCACCGCCCCACUCACAACGCCGCAGGUAUUCUCCAUUGACCCACUGAAUACCAGCUUAUACAAACCCUUUGACUUGCGCGAGCAGCCGGAAGUCACAUGGCCAUCAGAACAUGGCAUCAAAUACACCGUUAUUCUGUAUGACGCCAGCAUGUUCAUUAUGCACGCGCUGUACGUCAACGUCCAUGGCGGCAGCGUGCACGACGGCGAGACUGUGGUUGAGUAUGCAGGCCCUGACAAUCUACUUUCUCGGGAGGGUCCGUAUGUAUGGGCGGUCUUUGAACAACAGGGGGUGCUUCAAGUUGAUGAUGUCAAAGACUACAUCCACUCUGCGAUGGAGAACGACUCGAGAAGCGUGUACCUGGAUGAACUAAUGAGUCGAUACAGUCUUCUAGGGCCCUAUGGUGUAAAUAUCAUGCGUGUGACGACAGACGAGUAUGCAACCGUGGCCAGCAUGACGUACGGCCUCCUCAACCGCUGCCCCGUCUACUACGGCCUGUGGCUGGACAAUUACAUCGGCCAGCGAGGUGGACUGACGUACCUGACGUCCCCACUUCACCUGAGAGUCUCUCUGGACCUUCACUUUACCGCCCCCGCUAUAACGUAUACUUCCUGCUGCGCAAAACACCACCAACAGUCUGUAAACACAACCCUCGACUACAGCAGCUACGGUAUCCAUGGCUCCGUCACGUACCGCCGCACCCCCUCCGUCACGCUCCGCACCGUGGAGAACCCCACCACCACCACGCAGACCUUGGCAAACAAGAUGUACUCUCUGGUUCUACUAGACGCUACCGGCGACAUCAACUCCACCAACCACAACGCCUCCAUUCACUGGGGCGUGGUCAAUAUCCAUGGCACAAACGUCACUUCCGGUGUAGAGGUUUACCCGUACUUUACACCUGUGGCCCCAACUGAGGACGCAGUGUAUCUGGUCAUUUUGUUUGAGCAGACGACAUUUGUGAACGCGUCUGCAGUGACUGGCUACACGGCAGACGACUGUUCAUCGGUCAUGGCUGACAGAUGCCACUUCCAGACGCUGGAUUUCAUCCAAGACAAUUCCCUGACUCCUGUUGGAAUCCGACUACUGAGAUACACGCCGGACCCGUACCGGAAGUACCUCCUGUAUAGCGUGUACAACGUCACAACAAAAGCCGCGGAGUGCGCAGGUCAGCCCGGAUAUGGAGUCCCGUGCCCUCUCAACUCUGGUGUCCAGAUGACGACGCCAUGGUGUUUAUAUCUCCUUGUUAUUUCCUUUUCUUAUUUCACUAGUCGCAACUGAAAUAAAUCAGCCGCUUUCCAUACUCAUUGUAUUCUUAAAUUCAGUUGAAACAAAAUGACGGAAUAGUCCAAACGUGCGCAUUGAAUGCAUGCAAUAUGAAGGACAACUUGCCUGAAUGAAUACCCAUAGCCGUUAGAUGAUAGAUGUUUUUUCAGUGAGUCUAUAUAACUUAUUUAAAUAAUUAACAAUCAACGUUUGUAUUCCUGGAAUGAUUCUAUGAUUAUGAUGCUAGACUUAUUAUUUUUAAUAAAAAAAAGGUCGAAUCGUAUACAAUGCGGUCAUGACACCUUGUUAACCUGACCACGAUAGAAUCUUGUCAUAAUUCAUUAAAAUCAUACAGUUGACUCCUUUCCUACCUGAUUGUAUUACAUUUAUUCUCCUACAUGUACGUUUAGUCUUGAUUUGUUUGCAUUAUUGAAUAUUGGCGUUUGCGAUCAGUAUUGUGUAUCUCUUUUUUUUAGCAAAUAAAAAAUGUAGUGAUAAAAAA